AUGGCAGACAUUUUUAAAAUUAUUUUUCUGAUAUUUGCAUCUGUUUAUAUAGUGCAAGCAAAACACGAAGAAUAUGAUGGACAUUCCUUGUACGAAGUCAAGGUCAAUGACCUUGUACAAGUUGAUGAGCUCAAUGCAAUUGUUGAAGAGAUGAAUCUAGAUCUAUGGUCGUAUGCUAUUCCUGGCCGAGAAGGACUCAUUCUAGUUGCAAAGAACAUGAAACCUCUUUUCGAAAAUGCCGUUAAUAAAAUUGGAGUAGAAUACAAAAUUGUUACGGAAAAUAUUAAAGAAAAACUGGAGCUAGAAGAUAAAUUGUUAGCUGAUGCGGCUAGAUCAAGCAAUUUUAGUAGAUCUGGGGGUAUAUCUUUAGAUGUCAUUCACCGUUAUAAUGUGGUGGACCGAUACCUCACCGAUCUGGCCAACAGGUUCCCAAGAGUUGUCCGCGCCGUGUCCGCUGGGAGAAGUGUAGAAGGUCGAGACAUCAAAUACCUUAGGAUAUCUUCAAACAAUUUCCAGGAUAGAAAUAAGCCCGUCGUCAUGAUCCAGUCUCUUCUCCACGCUCGUGAAUGGGUCACCCUCCCAGUGACUCUUUAUGCCAUUCACAAGUUGGUGAUUGAUGUCACCGAACAGGAUUUGAUUAGGAACAUUGAUUGGAUCAUCUUGCCAAUUGCGAACCCUGAUGGAUAUGAAUUUUCCCACACCUCAACUCGUAUGUGGAGGAAGAACCGCAGAACUGGCUUCGGUGUAUGCGUCGGCGUUGAUCUAAACAGGAACCAUGACUUCAACUGGGGAACCGCCUCCAGCAACUCAGCCUGCAGUGACACGUUCCACGGACCCAGAGCCUUCUCUGAACCAGAGACACAAAUCACAAGGAACAUUAUUACCGAGUUUAGAAGCCGUCUUUCUCUAUUCAUUGAUGCUCAUAGCUUCGGAAGUCUGAUACUCUAUGGAUAUGGUAAUAGACAGCUGCCACCACACGCACUGAUCCUGAACACAGUUGGCGUCCAAAUGGCCCAAAGAAUCGAUGCUGUCAAAUGGCCAUCUCAUCGUAAUUAUAGGGUUGGUAAUAUCGCGGCAGUGUUGUACCAAGCAUCUGGUGGGUCCAGUGAUUACGUCCAGUCCAUGAUCGGUCGUGGUCUUUCAUACACUUAUGAACUGCCAGCUUACAGAAAUCUGAAUAACAUUAACGGUUUCCUAGUCGACCCUGCUUUCGUUCGGCAAGCUGGUUUUGAAACCUGGGAAGGUAUCAAGGUGGCAGCUCGAUACGUUGUCCAGAACAGGAUGUAUUUCAAAAAUCAAACUGAUGACUUUCCAAUGUUUGGAUAUUAAAAAAAAAAUCUAUUAAAAUAAUGUAACACUUA